AACAUACAGUGAACAUACGACUGAAACGCGCACGUAGGCAGUGAACGUGCUGGGGCUGGGCCAGUCAGAAUGUGCCAGUCUUGGGAACGCCCAGAGAAUGCAACGUCUCACUUCUGUUUCCUGCUUCCGUUUGGGUCGUCAGGAUGGACUAUGAGAAUCUCCAUCCUCACUUUAAAGUGCACUGCUUAUGAUAUUUUUUUAAACACUGAAGCUAUAAACCACAGCGAUGCAGACACUCACACCACACGUGUACUGGGCACAACGUCAUAGCGAAAUUUACCUGCGCGUUGAACUCUGUGAUGCCAAGAAUAUUGACAUCAGUGUGCAAGAGAACACCCUUCAAUUUAGAGCACGGGGGCAUGGAGCCAAAGGAGAAAAUGAAUAUGAAUUCAGCCUGGAUUUUCUAGGGCCUGUAAAACCAGAGGUGCGUCACAAGUCUACCCAGCGUCAGGUGAACAUUUUGGUGAAGAAGCAGGAGCACUGCUGGUGGGAUCGACUCACUCUGCAGGAGAGGAAGCCUCUCUUCCUCGUCCCAGACUUUGACCGCUGGCUGGACGAAUCAGAUGCAGAGAUGGAGCUUCAGGCUAAGGAGGAAGAAAAAAUAAACAAGGUCAGCAUAGAAUCAAGAGUUCGUAAAGAUCCAUACCUUGGUCUGAAGAAGGGCUAUCUAUUUAUGUACAACCUGGUGCAGUUCCUUGGCUUCUCCUGGAUCUUUGUCAACAUGACUGUUCGCCUGUUCAUACUCGGUCAAGAUUCCUUCUACGACACAUUUCACACCACGGCUGAUAUGAUGUACUUCUGUCAAAUGAUGGCUGUGGCUGAAGUCAUUAACGCUGCACUGGGCCUGGUCAGGACAGGGGUCCUCCCAGCCAUGAUUCAGGUUGCAGGGAGGAACGUGAUCUUGUUUGUCAUUUUUGGAAGCCUAGAGGAAAUGCAGAACAGGCCUGUUGUCUUUUUUGUGUUCUACUUGUGGAGCUCCAUUGAGAUCUUCAGAUACCCAUUCUACAUGCUGGCAUGCAUUGACACUGAAUGGAAACUUCUAACCUGGCUGAGAUACACUAUCUGGAUGCCACUUUACCCAAUGGGGGUUGUGGCAGAGGCCGUAGCUGUGAUCCAGUCUCUGCCGAUCUUCGACGAGACGCUCAUGUACAGCAUUCCCCUCCCCAAAGCCCUGGGCCGGUCCUUCAGUUUCUCAUAUACACUGCGGCUCUACCUUCUCCUCAUGUUUUUGGGUCUUUUCAUCAACUUCCGUCACCUGUAUAAGCUGAGGAGAAGACGGUUCCGCUCCAGGAAGAGGAAAAUGAACUGAAGACGAGGAACAUGUCCUCAUUCUACCUCCAACCCCCCCCCCCCCCCCUCCUUUAAACCAGAAUGGAUCUCCUCGGUCUCACUGCUGGUUGCCUUCUCUCACCUCUUAAGCAAAAUCACUCCCCUUCAUUUAGUAAAGUUUAUUUGAAAUUAUCCUGCCAUGGAAGGAUACACUGGCCUGUUACACCCAGUAAAAACACACAGAUCAGGCAGUAUUAGACCUAGUCUAUCGAAGGGCAAAGUGGACACUGUAUUGUCAUGUUUGUAAUAAUAAAAAAAGUAACUGUUCUAAUUGAGGCUUGAUUUGGAGCAGGCAAAUCACGGUGAAGUUCAUUCAUAUCAUUGGUCAUUAAUAUGACUUGUGUCAAGUAAUUUACAAAGCCAUAUGGUUAUUUACAUUCAUGAACACGUAUGUACAGUGAAUGACAUUGGAGAAAAUCUUGUGAUACUGUGUUAUGAUACUGUACAUGUAACUGGACAGUACACAAUUUUUUUCCCCCACUGGACAGUCACUACAUAAUUGUAUACCUUUCUUUUUUGCUUAAUAUUUAUUAAUUGUUGGUAAAGACAUUCUGUUUUUAUCUCUUGAAGCACUAUUGGUCACUGAAAGUAUACAUCUUCAGCAGAAAGGCUUUUCGACUGAAUACUGUAGAAACUUCCCUUUUCCCAAUGUCAGUAAAUAGGUUCUCAUAGCCAUGUGAUGUGAGAUGUACUGUAUUCAUCUCUUUGCUCUUAUUCUCUGUCACUGCUGAAUGUUCAUUUGCUUACUGACCGAAGACCCAGAACCUCUGGGAAAGUGGACAAUUAAAAAAGGGAUUAUUGAGUUGUUAUCUGGUUAUGAACGGUUGACAGAUCAGCACUGCAUUGCUGUAAUAAAGCUGCGUGGGGGGAGAAGUUACAUUUGUGUAUUUUAUAUACAAAAUUCCCUAGAAAA